AUGCAGAAAAACGAACACAAUCGGUAUUGCAUAACUUGCGACGCACCGAUUUGCAGGUAUUGUAUCUCGUGUGGCGGCCACAAGAGCCACGAGAUACUCACCAUCUACAGACAUGUCUACCAAAAUGUUGUCCCCUUGAGUGAGAUGGAAACUCAUAUGGAUUGCCAAACAAUACAGCCUUAUAAAUGCAACAAGAAGUGGGUUGUGUCUUUGACCCCUCUCCCACAUAAUGGGUCCGGCUCGCUCAUUGAAGGCGAUGGAGCUUGCAACGUGUGCAAGAGAAAGCUCACUGAUUCAGAUCGCUUUCGAUUUUGCUCUAUUUCGUGCAAGGUUCAGGCAAUUUCAGGUGUCCGUCGAGGACAACAUGGAGUCGGGACUUCGCAAGUGAGGGAUGGCAGAGAGCAAGCAGAUAACCCGUCCAAGCGCAAGAGGAGCCGUAAAGGCGUGCCUCAUAGGGCGCCUUUUUUCUGA